AGAAUUUGGGCCUUAAAUAGUAUACAUCUUCCUUUUGAGUAGAGCAUAAUAUGCCAAUAAAGAUCAUCAUGGAUUACGCCCUAGAAUUAAUUUUCAUUCUGAAAGCAUGGUGUGUGGUUGUUUUGGUGAUUGGUAUUCUUGGCAAUUGGAAACUAGCUAAAGGAGACAAUGAGCAUGCUGGAAGAAAACUUGUUGAUCAUGUUCCAGGAUUCAUAAGCAUUGAUUGCGGGGCAACCAAAGAUUAUUUGGAUGAUGGCACUGGUAUAUCCUACAAGUCAGAUACAGGUUUUAUAGAUACUGGGACAAAUUUCAACAUAUCCCCCGAGAACUACGAUGCAGAUCAGUAUUAUGGGCGGCAAACAAGAAACCUGAGAAGCUUUCCACAUGGAAAAAAGAAUUGUUACACUUUGAAACCUGAACAAGGCAAAAAUAGUAAUUAUCUCAUUAAUUUUUUCUUCUAUUAUGGAAAUUAUGACAAGAAGAAUAAAAUUCCAAAGUUCGACUUGUAUGUCGGGGUUAAUUAUAUGACCACAAUACAAACGGAAAAGGUAGAUUCUACACAACUUUUCGAUGUGAUUCAUGUUCCCACCUCUGACAUCAUAUAUGUAUGUUUGGUAAACACUGGGACUGGAAUACCUUUUAUUUCUGCCUUGGAGUUACGUCCUUUGGACAAAUCCCUUUAUCCGUUCGACUUUGGAGCGUUAACAGAUAGCUGGCGAUUUGACCUGGGCACCACCACAGAUAAACAAGGGAAUUUUAUCAGGUACAAGAACGAUGUUUAUGACCGCAUGUGGUAUACUUUUAGUAAGCUCUCAAACUCAGUUCUGAUCAAUACCUCCUCAAAUUAUGUUUGCUUUCACUUUGCUGAAAUUGCAGAACUCACGCAAGGAAAGAAAAGAGAAUUCAUUAUUGAUGUGAAUGGGGGAAGCUAUACCUCAGACCCUAUAACUCUUGACUACUUAAAGCCAUUGUCCAUAUGUCUCAAUCAAAUAUUCGAAGGGGGGCAAUUUAAUUUUGUUAUUAGUGCAACAACAGGGUCUGACCUUCCUCCCAUCCUCAACGCGUUUGAGCUUUACAACGUAAUUCCUCAGUUUGAUCUACACAAACCAACCAACUCAAGAGAUGUUGCUGCUAUCAAGGACAUCAAACAAACAUUAAGGAUCUCUAGAGAAGACUGGCAAGCAGACCCAUGUGUCCCAAUUGAACUAACAUGGAGUGGUUUGACUUGCAAUUCAUCAGAUGAUACUCCAAUAAUAAUUUCACUGAAUUUGAGCUCCAGCAAACUGACAGGGGAGAUACCAUUUUCACUCUCUAACCUCACAGCGCUGCAGCACUUGGAUUUAUCAUACAAUGAAUUGACUGGGAGCGUACCAAAAUUUUUAGCACAAUUGCCAAAUUUGAAGACCCUUAAUUUAAGUGGAAACCAGCUCAAUGGUUCAAUUCCAGAGGAUCUUAUACAAAAGUCUAGGGAUGGAUCAUUGGUCUUCAGUUUUGGCGAAAAGCCAGAUCUUUGUCUCUCAGUUCCAUGUACGAAGGAGAAGAAGAAACCGAAAAGGGAGCUUAUUGUUGCACUUGUUGCAACGUCGAUGGUAGUUUUGGUCCUUUUGCUGUUGAUUUUUUGUGCCCUGGCUAUCUAUAAAAGAAAAAGACGAGAGAGAGCUUCAAGAUCCAACUUCAAAAUAAAGAAUCGACAAUAUAACUACUCUGAGGUUGUGCGAAUAACUGAUAACUUUAAGACCAUUAUUGGAGAAGGAGGAUUUGGAAAAGUAUACCUGGGCAUUCUGAAAGAUGAAACUCAAGUUGCUGUUAAGUUGCUUUCUGCAUCAUCAAAGCAAGGCUAUAAGGAAUUUCGAGCAGAGGCACAACUCUUAAUGAUAGUUCACCACAAAAACUUGGUCUCUCUCGUUGGGUACUGUGAUGAGGGUGAAAACAAAGCACUCAUUUAUGAGUACAUGGCCAAUGGCAACCUACAACAAGGUUUAUCAGUGACCAAUACAAAUGUCUUGAAUUGGAAUCAGAGACUUCAGAUUGCGAUGGAUGCAGCACAUGGGUUGGAGUAUCUACAUAAUGGUUGCAAGCCGCCUAUAAUUCAUAGAGAUUUGAAGACAUCCAACAUCUUAUUAAAUGAAAACAUGGAAGCAAAGAUAGCUGAUUUUGGGUUGUCUAGGGCUUUUGCAACUGAAAACGACUCUCAUGUCUCCACCAAUCCUGCUGGUACUCUUGGGUAUCUUGAUCCUGAAUCUCAAACAUCUGGAAACUUAAACAAAAAAAGUGAUGUUUAUAGCUUUGGUAUCAUUUUAUUUGAACUAAUCACUGGUCGCCCAGCAAUAAUGAGAGGGCAUGAAAAAAACACUCACAUACUUGAUUGGGUUCAUCCUAUAAUUAAAAGAGGGGAUAUUGGAAGCAUAGUUGAUCCAAGGUUACAAGGAGAAUUCUACACCAAUUCUGCCUGGAAAGCUGUGGAGAUAGCUAUGUCAUGCAUACCAUCACCUGCAAUCCAAAGGCCAGACAUAAGUCAAGUAUUGGUAGAAUUAAAGGAAUGUUUGGAUCUGGAGAUAGCUCAUGGAAGAAGCCAAACACUGGGAAUUGAGGCCAAUGAGACAACUUCAAGCACUCCAUUCAUAGUGUCCUCUAUGGAGCUUCAAUCAGAUAUUGCUACCCUGGCUAGGUAGUUAUACUAAAAAAAAGGUUUGCGGUAAGUAGUUCCAUCUAUGCAAAUAUGAAAAAUUACAUAAUAAAACAUUUGUAUUUUAGAACUUCUCAUAUACUUAUUUCAUGUUUCUCACUCCUUUUUAGCUAAGUUCAAGUGAUGUAUUAUAAUAUACUUACAUUGCACCCGAUGGACAUGUAUAUUAGAUACAAUGAUGGAUAAUUUUUAUGCUGAAUGAAUUUAUCAUUAUAAUC